ACAUCAUCUCGACAUCUUCCAUUUUAUACCACGUCACGAGACCAAGUUCAAUACAGAUCUUGUGAGCAAAAAGAUCAAAAUUCGAAAAUGGAUUAUCGCCAGAUAUAGAUCAAGAGAUCUAGCAAGCAGCUCACACAAAGCUGGGCGCAAGCACGUCCCCGACAACAAUCAUGCACCGGGCCGCUGUGCUACGUCAUUUGCGGCAACGGUCCCGGACCCCAGCCAAUCUUCUGACUGCGCCCAGGCCGAUGUUCAACCUUGGUUUCGGCCAUCGCGGGAUCGCUAAAUCGAUCGCGACAAUUGGCACCACCGCAGACCAGUGCUCGAGCCAAAGCGACCAUCCCGAUGCAUUCACAGGGGCUGCCCCUCUACCGUCCCGCAGAGAGGCAAUAAGGAACGCCAAGCCGUUUUCGGACUUCCUCACAGAUACCUUCAACCGACAGCACGACUACCUCCGUAUCUCGCUGACGGAAAGAUGCAACCUGCGAUGUCUAUACUGUAUGCCCGAGGAAGGGGUGCCCUUAUCCCCGGAUCGCGAUCUGCUCACAACCCCAGAGAUUGUCCUGUUGUCAUCGGUAUUCGUCUCACAGGGCGUCACCAAGAUUCGUCUUACGGGUGGGGAGCCCACCGUGCGCCGGGAUAUUGUGCCCCUGAUGCGACGUGUAGGUGAUCUGCGGCCCCACGGCCUGCGCGAGCUGUGCCUCACCACCAACGGCAUCGCCCUGCACCGCAAGCUCGACCCAAUGGUCGAGGCCGGGCUCACUGGGGUGAACCUCAGCCUGGACACGCUGGACCCAAAUUUGUACCGGAUCAUGACGCGGCGCGACGGCCUGGAGGCGGUCAAGCGCAGCAUAGCCCGAAUCAUCGAGAUCAACGAGCGGGGCGGCCCGCAGGUGAAGCUCAAGAUCAACUGCGUAGUAAUGCGCGGGAUGAACGACCAGGAAAUCAUCCCAUUUGUCGAGAUGACGCGCGACCAGGAUAUCGAGGUCCGCUUCAUCGAGUACAUGCCCUUUGAUGGCAACCGGUGGAGCAAGGGCAAGAUGUUUAGCUACGAAGAGAUGCUGGACCGGAUCCGCGAGGUCCACCCGGGUCUGGAGCGCCUCAAGGGCCACAAGAACGACACGAGCAAGACGUUCCGGGUGCCUGGAUUCAGGGGAAAGGUUGGCUUCAUCACGAGCAUGACGCACAACUUUUGCGGGACUUGCAACAGGCUGAGGAUCACGAGCGAUGGAAACCUCAAAGUGUGCUUGUUUGGCGAUGCCGAAGUAUCUCUACGGGAUUUGUUGAGGCAAGCGAAUGAGGGUGAACCCAUCGACGAAAUUGCCAUCGAAAGGCUACACAGGACUGCGGUUGAGCAGAUGCUGGAGGCACGAGAGUCGGCGAGUGAAACAACCGUCACCAAGACCUCCUCGACACCCAUCGCCCUUCCAAACUCACAAGAACUGCUCGAUUUGAUUGGAAUGGCCGUGAAGCGCAAGAAGGCAAAGCACGCCGGAAUUGGCCAGCUCGAGCAUAUGAAGAACAGACCAAUGAUACUAAUCGGGGGGUAGUGAAUUAAUGACCGUCUUCUAAUUUUCACGUUUCAAGAUGCCCGUUUGAUUUUCAUCAUUCUGGUUUAAACUGAGGACAUUAAAGGUCAAUGUUUGGUUCAAGGGUUUGCAUAAAUAGAACUGGCGUCUGGUUGCGCGGGAUGAUUAUGACUUGACGAUAAUCUUGGUUUGGAUUCUGUUAUCUUGCCCCUUAUCGGACGUGCAUAUUGGAUUAUUGACGGCAUCAUGAAUGUGACUAAAUAAGUUUCUUUUUCUUUUUCUUCAUGUAGAUACCGGGCUAGAACAGUCACACCACAACUAUUCAUAUGAUAAAUCAAACAUGCGAUCUCGGGGUUUUUGGAGAAACGGCCACAGUAUCCCAUGGGAACUGC